UCUCACAAAUUCUAGAGAGAGAAAAUAUUAGGGUUGCCGUCCUCUCGCCGUUCCGUGCCGCCGUUCGCUGCUCUCCGACCGUCUCUUUGGCGACACACCCGAGGUCAGUUCCUCUGUUCUGCUCCUUCCAUGUCUGUCAAGUCUUCCACUCUUCGUUCAUCUGAACCCGAGCACGGGCUCGUGCUCGGCAGUCAGGGUUCCGUACCCCAGGGCGGCCAAGCAGAGCAGCCGGGUUUCCCAUCCAUUGAGGAAAUCGCGGCCGUAGAGGUGCCCGGGGAAACUGAGCCCCGCCUCCAGAAGCGCACAUUGCUUGUGGACUCGCUCAUCCGCGAGUGCAAGUGCGACUUGUCGAGUGACGAGUUCCUCAAGGCAGUGCGCUACGCCGGCCCCCUUGUGACCGUUCGUCGCCCUACCCCGGAGGAGUCGGUCUUCGACGCUACUCCGGGCUACUUCGCCAUUCAUCUCAAGUCCCUUGAGAACGGCUUCCGCUUUCCCUUGGAGUCCUUGGUCACCGACUUUUUCAAGUACUUUGACUUCCUCCCGUGCCAAUUGGUGCCGAACUCGCACCGAUACCUGGCGGGGUUCCUGAUCCGCUGUGAAAUCAUGAUCGCCGCGCCCGACAGGACGAAGCUGUUCAAGUCUAAGCCGCGCUCAGAGUCCAGCCAGGAACGGCCUCCGCUCCCAACUUCCACACCGUCCGCCGAGCAUGCCCAGGCGAGUAAGAAGCACAAGGACGUGAGCUCCUCGAUGGAAGGGGCUUCGUUGAGCGGAGCGAGGUCCCCACCCUCACGCUCGGUGGACUGCGGGAACCCGACCUUCGUGAAGGUGGCGUUCCCCCUCAAGCCUUCGUUCUUGCAUGGGGACUAUGAGCCUCGCCGUUUUCUGCAGAGCUUCAUCCAUCCGCCAGACCGAAUGGAGAUAAGUUCGGCCGCCACGGAGGACCUCGCCUCCACUCACUUGCUCGAGUUGGGCUCGGUAGGCGUUCUUCGCUCUAGCCCGCAGCUGGUGGAGCGCUUCGAGUGGUAUGUGGCGGAGAAGGCCAAAGGCGAAGAGGAGCUUCGGAGGCUGCAGGAGCACGUGGCUGGCCUCGAGGGGAAGCUCGCUGAUGCGGAGGAGCGGGCUCGGGCUGCGGAGCAGGCCCGCAUCACUGCUGAGGAGAAGGCGCGCCGCCUUGAUGAGGAAGCCGAGCAUCGUCUCCUUUUCAAAGAGGGGCAAGCCAAUUACUCCAUGGGCCUGCACCGGGCUCAAGAAGUUUUGCUGGAGCGGAUCCGAGAUGGGAAGGAGCUCCUGAAGCCAUGCGAGAACCCUGAGGAGUUUGACUCCUCCAUUUACUACUCCGAGGACGAGGACGCCGCUGGUGGGGUUUUGGAGGCCGAAAGGCUGUUGACGGAGUGCUUGCGCUCACCUAUGCGGGGCCGUGCUCACGCUUGGGCUCGCCUUGCCAAAGACAUGCUCGACUCGUCCCGUCGCCUUACCGAGGACGAGCGCGGAACAUCCGGGUAUGGCCUGCGCUCGGCUUCCCUCCCAGGGGGAGCGCCGAGCGCGAAAGUUCGACCUUCAUCCGGGAAGAACGUCCGGGUAUGGCCUGCGCUCGGCCUUCCUCCCGAGGAGGAGCGCCAAGCGCGAGUGUCUGACCUUCAUCCGGGAAGAACAUCCGGGUAUGGUCUGCGUUCGGCCUUCCUCUUGAGGAGGAACGCCGAGCACGAGUGUUUGACCUUCAUCCGGGAAGAACAUCCGGGUAUGGUCUGCCCUCGGCCCUCCCCUGGGGAGGAGCGCCGAGCACGAGUGUUUGACCUUCAUCCGGGGAGAACAUCCGGGUAUGGUCUGCGCUCGGCCUUCCUCUUGAGGAGGAACGCCGAGCACGAGUGUUUGACCUUCAUCUUGGAAGAGCAUCCGGGUAUGGUCUGCGUUCGGCCUUCCCCUGGGGAGGAGCGUCGAGCACGAGUGUUUGACCUUCAUCCGGGAAGAACAUCCGGGUAUAGUCUGCGCUCGGCCUUCCCCUGGGGAGGAGGGCCGAGCACGAGUGUUUGACCUUCAUCUGGAAAGAACAUCCGGGUAUGGUCUGCGCUCGGCCUUCCUCCUGAGGAGGAGCGCCGAGCGCGAGUGUUCAAGCAAGUU